AUGCCAACUGGUAUCUACAACACACAAGAGGACGUGAAAGCCUCAUUAGAAGUCCUAUUUCUCGAAUACACCUACAACUGUAGCGCUGAACAAGAUGCAUUCGCAUGUGAUGGGCUAGGAGCAUUCUACAAUACAGUGAAGGAAGAUAGGCAGACUGCCUAUAAGCUGUUUGCUGAAAAUUGCGACAAACGAAAGUACGGACAUAGUUGCCACAGAUUAUCGUUGAUGCUGUCGAAACAUGGAUCAGACAAGCCAGCUAAAGAAGAUCCAAUGUCGAAAGAGCACUGGGUUUCGUGGGAGAAAAAGGGAUGCGAUUAUGGAUUCGCUACUUCCUGCUACAAUUAUGGAGCGGCGUUAUACCAAAAAGUGCACUCGAAGGCUUCCUCUUUGCGUGCCGCUCUAGGAAAGGGUUCCAGGGUUGUGACCGAGCACUGA